AUGAAAGAGCUUCAAACACCAACCAAGCUCUCUGCUCGCUCCGCCGAGAAUCGCACCGGAAGAUCCAAAGAUUCUCCGGCGAACAAAUCUAAAAAGAUCUCGAACAAGAGCUUGAAUGCAUCAUCUGCAUCGGUUUCCGAAGAAUCGUUGAAUUCAUCACUGAUUACUGAGAUCAAAGAAGAUAAUCUAGAUGAAAAUGUCACAACUUUCGUGUUGGAGGAAUCUUCCUCUGUAACUUCGCUUGAGCCUGAAACACUCACUGACUCGACGGAAAAUAGUCCCGUUACUUGCUUUGACGUGUGUGAGUUUGAAGGUGCUAAAUUCACUUCUGUGGAGGAUCAAAUCACUAUGAAUUUUCUCAAAAAUUUUAAACCUGAGAUCCUCACCUUUGAAAAUGAUGAUCCACGGUAUAAGAAGCUUAGGGAUGAGAUAAUUGAGUAUGUCCUACAAGAUCUCAAACACAAUGUGCUGCCAGAGGAUGGAAAUCGCAAGCGAUCACCAUCGCAAGGGCUUUCUCGGAAAAACCGAGUGGUGUUUCUAGUUGUCAUCAUUUGGUUUAUUGGAAUAUUGGUUAUUCUUUUCUGCAUUCCUGAUGCUGAUUGUGGACUAGUGGCAACUUGA